UCAGUUCACAUUUUAUGAGUGAAAUCAGUUGAAUUGUUUUUAUCUGUUUCAUUUAUCUUGAAACUUUAGUUGUACUUCUAAAACUUUAAAUGAUAUUUCAUAUUGCCAGUAUCACAUUUCUGUUAAAGCUCAAACGACUGUUAGAUCAAAACAAUAUAACAACGCAGAUAAAACCAUAACAACUAUAAAUAAAAAAUAUUUCUUACUUUAAAAGAUGAGAAAUGAAUGUUUUUACAUGUGAGUUAAAUCACGUGCAUCAGCUUGUUUGUGAAUUUAUUACAUAUUAUCUCUUAUAUGUCACAAUGUCUUAAAAUCACAAAAUGUUAUUUAGUGAGUUAUUGAGUUAAUUAGUCAGUUUUAUUUGUUCCCACUGAGAUCACGAGAACAAUAAAACACACAGCACAUGUUAGCGUGUUUUAUUGUUGUUUUAAUAGCUGAUCUAACAUCUGGCCAAAGAGAAACACAACGCUGAACCUGAUUCAUGUGCAUUGUCCAUGGAAAACACACACACACACACACACACACACACACACACACACACACUCAUUAAAACGAUCAAACUUUAUUAAAAUGCUCAUCAAGUUGAAUUUACUACUGAAAAACAACAUGUUCAGUGUUUCAAAUGAAAUAAAUCACAGAAAUGUUUUUAUUUGUGCUUCAUUUGUUCAUUUAAUUAAUUCUAUCCAUGUUUUUAUUAAUUAAUUCGUUCAGUAUUUCACUUUCUCUCUCAUUCGUUAUAGUGACAGGAUGAGGUUUAUAUAAGUAAACGGGGUUUACACUCUGCUGUAGUAGGAGUAGAGGGAAUCACACACACACACACACACACACACACACACACUUGCUCUCUCUAUCUCCACACACACCCACACACACACUCCGGCUGUGCAGCUCCACGCGUGCAGCCUGGAAAACGACCAAGCUGCAGCUUCAACUUCAAACAACCUGGACUUUUUAUUUCUCUCUGUUAUUUUCUGCCUCUGCGACACUUUUAAUCCAGAUUAAGGGAUUCUGGUCUAAAACCGCUUCCAGUCUCACUCCAGUGAGUUGAGACCAACAACAAACACAACGUGAUCCAGAUCCAGGGCUGCAACUUUGUGUGUUUUUAUUAUUUCACCGGAGCUGAAACUUUUACCCCCCGAGGAGAAACCACGGAGGACAUGCCGGGGUUUGUGGCUUUGUUGGCCGCGUUUGCAGCUCUCUCUGUGGGGUUGAGGAGCUCCGUGGCCGGGGUGGAGAUGCUGGGCUCAGUGGCCGCGGAGGAGAGCUCCGCAACCGGGGUGAGGGGCUCCGCCGUGCCCGCGGAGCAGAGGGCAUCAACCGGUGUGAACAGCACCGCGGUGGCCAGGGCGGGGAGCUCCGGGGACGGGGACCGAGGAGCGGGCAGGGCUGGCUGCCCUGGCCGCUGUCGGUGCGAGGUGGACGGGCUGCUGCACCGGGUGGACUGCUCGGACCUGGGGCUCCGGGAGAUACCGAGCAACCUGAGCGUCUUCACGUCUUACCUUGAUCUGAGUAUGAAUAAUAUGACUGUGUUGUCCAGUGGAGCUUUGUCCAACCUGCACUUCCUGGAGGAGCUGCGUUUGGCGGGAAACGAUCUGUCAUUCAUCCCCAGAGGAGCGUUCGCCGGCCUCUACAAUCUCAAAGUGCUGAUGCUGCAGAACAACCAGCUGAGGUCGGUCCCCGGUGAGACGUUCAACAACCUGCACAACCUGCAGUCGCUCCGUCUAGAUGCUAAUCACAUCUCCAGCGUUCCCAUUGGCUGUUUCUCAGGCCUGCGUUCGCUCCGUCACCUGUGGUUGGACGAUAACUCUCUGACGGAGGUGCCGGUGGAGGCUCUGAGCGAUCUGCCCGCCCUGCAGGCCAUGACCCUCGCCCUCAACCACAUCAGCCACGUUCCUGACCACGCCUUCAGCAAGCUGGGCCGCCUGGUGGUGCUGCAUCUCAACAACAAUAGGAUCGUUUCCAUGGGAACGAACUGCUUCCACGGACUCCACAGUUUGGAGACGCUGGAUUUGAACUACAACAGUCUGGUGGAGUUUCCCACGGCCGUCCGUUCACUCGGUCACCUCAAAGAGCUUGGUUUCCAUAGUAACAACAUCCAGUCGAUCCCGGAGCACGCCUUCACGGGAAACCCGUCACUGAUCACCAUAUUUUUCUAUGACAAUCCGAUCCAGUCUGUCGGACGCUCGGCCUUUCAGAACCUGCCAGAGCUUCGCACACUAUCUCUGAACGGAGCCGCAGAUCUCACCGAGUUUCCAGAUCUGACAGGAACCAAGAGUUUGGAAAGCCUGACUAUCACAGGGGCUCGGAUCACCUCUCUGCCUAGUUCAGUGUGUGAGCAGUUUCCAAACCUGCAGCUGCUUGAUCUCUCCUAUAAUCAGAUCCAGACUCUUCCCAGUUUCUCCGGCUGUGAAAGUAUCCAGAAGAUUGACCUGCACCACAACGAGAUCGAGGAGCUGCAGGAGAACACCUUCCACGGUCUGAUGUCUCUGUGCUGUCUUGAUUUGUCGUGGAACAGGUUGUCGACAGUGAGGCCGAACUCUUUCUCCGCUCUGCCCGCUCUCACCAAACUUGACCUGUCCUCCAAUCAGCUGUCCUCUCUGCCUCUGAUUGGUCUGCAAAGUUUAACUCACCUGCGAUUGGCUGGAAACGAUCAGCUGAUGGAGUUAAUACCCCGAGAGGACCUGCCCCGGGUCAGGGUGAUGGAGCUUCCUUACGCCUUCCAGUGUUGUGCCUUCGUCUCCUGUGAGAGGAGAGGAGGUGGAGGAGGUUUGUCCUGGGAGAGAGAGGAGGCGGCGGACUUCACCGGGAGAGACACCUCCGUCCUCUCCAGCCAAGUAGAUCAGGACUGGGAGGAUUUAUUGAUUGAGUUUGAAGACGAACCGAAACCUCAACACUCGGUCCACUGCAGCCCUGCGCCAGGUCCGUUUCGUCCCUGCCUCCAUCUGCUCGGCAGCUGGUUGAUCCGUGGCGGGGUGUGGCUCAUCGCAGUGCUCUCAUUGGUCAGCAACAGCCUUGUCGUGCUGUCAAUCUUCUUUUCCCCCGCCACCUCGGUCACGCUGCCCAAGCUGCUGAUUGGCCUGCUGGCGCUGGUGAACGGCCUGAUGGGGGUGUGGUGCGGCUGGUUGGCGGCGGUGGACGCUUGGACGUUUGGGAGCUUCUGGAGGUACGGGGCAAAGUGGGAGAGCAGCUUCCUGUGUCGACUCAGUGGCUUCCUGUGCGUGUUUGCGUCGCAGACCGGACUCUUCCUGCUCACCGUCGCAGCUCUGGAGCGAUGCCUGGCCGCCGCCAUCGCCACCACAGGACGCAACAAAACUGACAAACACAGUGGUCACGCUUCGUCUCCGCUCUUCGUCCGUCUGUCCAUUGUUCUGUGUUUCCUGUUGGGUUUGGCCGUCACACUGCCCCCCCUGGUGGCCGGACACAGUAGCACCUCCCUCUGUUUGCCACUGCCUUCCUCCACCUCCUCCUCCUCCCUGGCCUUCUCCGUCUCCCUGGUGCUCCUCGACUCGCUGUGUUUCCUCCUCAUGACGGUCGCUUACACUCGCCUCUACUGCCGGGUCAACAAAGCUCCACCUGCCUCAGAAGAGGAGGCGGCGCUGACUCGACACGUAGCCUGGCUGCUCUUCUCCGACUGCCUCCUCUACCUCCCUGUGGCCUUCCUCUCCUUCUCCUCCCUGCUGCGCCUCCCCGCCGCCGGGCCAGAGGCGGCAAAGGGGGUGCUGCUGCUCGUGGCGCCGCUGCCGGCCUGCAUCAACCCGCUGCUCUACCUCCUCUUCAACCCACUCGCCAGGGAGGAGCUGGCAGCGCUGGCCAAACGCACCUGCGGGGUUAUGGCGGUACCUAGACUACACAUGGGUGGAGGAGGAGGAGGAGGAGGAAGAGGAGGAGGAGGAAGGUCGAUGCCUGUAAUGAUGGAUUCAACGUACGACGAGGACGCAGAGAAACAAUCGUGUGACUCGACUCAGGCGCUGGUGGCAGUCGGAGGCUUAAAGGAGGAGGAGGAGGAGGAGAGAGGAAGGAUAAAGAGCGAGACACAACAUUCAGUAGCAAUCGUUGUUCCACGUCACUAGACUGACACACACACACACACACACACACACACACACACACACACACACACACAUAUAUAUAUACAUUGGGUUUGAAGCUCUCACCUGCAAAAGGACAAACAUCGUUUGCAGGGGAAAAGUUUCUUAAGGGUGUUGUUGCACAGAAUAUCUUAAAAGUUUUCCUUAGUUAAGGAAAAAUUUUAAGGCUUUUGCAGCAGUGAAAGAGAUUUUACAGCAUUAAAUUUCUACUGUAUCGUUAAGGGUGUCUCCUGGUUGCUGCAAACUUCCUGAGACGUGUCCAUUUUCAUUUAUCGCCAUAAACUCAGCCAUGUUGUAAUUUAGAUUUUCCUUACUUUGCUCACUAAGGCCUUUAGCUGAUUCUAAGUGAUUCCUUAAAUACAACACCAAGUUAAUAUUUUAACGAAACCUUAAGGAGAAGACUUAAGGGCGUUUUGUGCAACUGUUUUACUUAAGGAAACCUUAACUCAGACAUUAAGGAAGAUCUUAACUUUUGAUGUUUAAAUGUUCCUCAUUUAAAUCUCAGUUCAGCUUUCUUCUGUUUCUUCUGAAUACUUUCAUAUCGUGGCUGUAACGGACACCGAAGCCUGUAGGGAGCUCCUGUAGGACUUUGGCAGGUGAGACAAAGACCUAAUCUUAGGACACACACACACACACACACACACACACACACACACACACACACACACACACACACACACACACACAGUUACAGAUACACAAGUAAACUGAUGUGACUGUGUGGCAGCAAAUGUAGCAGAGGACGGUGAAAGAAAACAAAAGAAAUGAAAGCAUGUGAAGGUGCUCACCAUGAGCACACUGCCAGUUUGACUCCAACUCUCUCUCUCUCUCUUUCACUCUUAUUGUCUGUCUUUGUCUCUCUACCUUUUUUAUCUUAUUUGUUUUAACGUCCCAUAAAGACGAAAAAUCGAUCAAAAACUAAAAGAUGGAUCGAAAUCCAUGAAAAAACUGAAGAACUGGGUGGCAUCCCGCUAAUGUCUGAUUGAUCAAUCACAUGCCAGAGGACACACACACACACACACACACACACAC